AUGUCCGGCUCACCCCCUCGGAAGCGUCUGCGACGAUGCGUCCACAUUGGAAGUAAUGUGACACUAAACUUCCAAUUUUCUCCAGUGCAUACACAGGAGACCUCUGAUAUAGAUGAGCUACACGAUGCAGACUGCAAGCAAUUCCUUCAAAUUAAUCAAGUGUUCCAUAGAGGAACUCAGAUGGCUGGCAAGGACGAAGAGCCGCAAAGCGAAGUAGAAUCUGAGCUGCGUCGCGUCAAGGAACAGCUAAAGAACGCGGAACAUGAUAUUGCAUACCUUUCAGGAAGGGUGAAGACAUACAGGGAUAGAUGGCUGGAAGAUUACUACCGCGCCGACAACCUCGAGCGCCAUAUGCCGUGUGAUAUUGAUAUUCCUGACCUUGAUCAAAUUCCAGAGGGUGCAGCGUCGCCCUUUCCAGAAUUCUUCACCUGGAAUGAAUCACGUUCAGAACGGGGAGAUGAUGUGUUGCAAGAAGGGCAGGACACCUGUGAGGUUUUCUUUCCAAUUACCUCAAUACAACUAUCAAGCAAAAAUAUGUCCAAACGCGCCGGGUCUAGUCACGAUGGGGAUGAACCCGCCUCGAAGCGCCUCAGGAUUGACGAAGGGAAUCACACAGUACCAUCGGCGCUUCACGAUCCCCAUGCAUGGGACAUUCUCUGCAAGUUUCUCACCAGCAAUAUGUCGAUGAGUGAGAUGGACAACGCCCUUGAAUCGCACCUCGGCGAUCGAUUCUCUGCAGAUGACUGGGCGGAACCACGACGUCUGUUGUUCUCCGGUGAAGGAGAUGAUGCGCAGUCCUUAGCAAACUUGAUCGAACUGAAGAUCAAGUAUGUACCCGAGCCUAAAUCUCCACGAACUUCACCUGUUCGACAAUCGCGUAAACCACGCAAACAGAAAAAUCUGUAUAUCCUUGAUGAAGCCGAGGAGGAUGAGGAUGAGGAUGAGGAUGAGGAUGAGGAUGGGGAUGAGGAUGAGGAUGAGGAUGAGGAUGAGGAUGAGGAUGAGGAUGAGGAUGAGGAUGAGGAUGAGGAUGAGGAUGAGGAUGAGGAUGAGGAUGAGGAUGAGGAUGAGGAUGAGGAUGAGGAUGAGGAUGAGGAUGAGGAUGAGGAUGAGGAUGAGGAUGAGGAUGAGGAUGAGGAUGAGGAUGAGGAUGAGGAUGAGGAUGAGGAUGAGGAUGAGGAUGAGGAUGAGGAUGAGGAUGAGGAUGAGGAUGAGGAUGAGGAUGAGGAUGAGGAUGAGAUGAGGAUGAGGAUGAGGAUGAGGAUGAGGAUGAGGAUGAGGAUGAGGUGA